AUGAAUAAAUCAGGUCAUCAGGUGGAGGAGGAUCUAGGCCGUCAUCCAUACAGCUCCAAGGAGACGUUGGCUCUAUACACCUCUUGGCUCACCGUCUCGUACGAUCCCAUCGUCGGGAAUCAACAAAACAAAUUGUGCUUUUGGCAGAAGGUCACAGAGCUUUACACAGAUUCAAAGCCAAGGGGGAGUCACCCCCGCACCGUGAAGAUGCUCCGCAGUCAUUGGGACCGGGUCGACAAAGAUGUCAAAAAGUUUUGCGCGGUCUACAGGGGUGAAGCAGAGCAUUACCAAAGCGGAGCCAGUGAAGCCGACAUUCUGCGAGCAGCGAUGCGCGUCUUUAAAGACGACGUCAAAAAAGAUUUCAAACAUAUCGAUGUUUGGCAGCUGGUCAGAAAUGAAGAUCGGUGGGCUGGCGGUGUCCAGUCCUCGAGCUCGAAACGUACGAAGCACACGGGGGUGGCUACUCGUCUAGUGAGGGCGGCGGAUCAGGCAACGCCUCACAUGAGACUGAAGCCGGUGGCUCCUCCUCCGGUUCACGACGUCGGCCGCAAGGGACCAAGGCGGCGAAGGCGGCUAGAGGGAGAGGGAAGGGGAAGGGGAAGAGUCGAGGCGAAUCGAGCCAGCGCGGGCGCGGGCAUGGGCUCGAACACUUCCCUGUGGUUCGUAUACAUGCUCUCCAUGAUGGCUGACACUUCCAAGAUGACGCCUACCCAAUACGAACAUCAUGUUCUCGGAAUGCAGGCGAUGGCAAGGCAACUUGGUCUUCAGCCGGGUGCACCGCCGCCGGCUUCGGGGGAUGAUUCGCCGGCGGAGUAG